AUGUCGUUACCUUCAGCAAAGAGGAAGGUCAUGGGCCGCAUAGACCUCUCCCAUGACCAUCAACAGCAACAGAGCUCGCCAUCCUCAGUCUCACAGACUGCUCGCGUUUCGACCGGUAGCAGGACAUCCACGCCCGUACGGCGUCUUGGCGGCCAUGCUGCGACACCAGGCUCAUCCGGUAGAGCCAAGGUGGACAUGGCUACGCUAGCAGGAGGGGGAGGGGGAGCAGAAUCGACUUCGCAUGACAGUAGAUACGAGGCCACACCCCCCGUCAUGAAGAGGGCGGCUACGAGCACAGGAGGCAUCAGCAGCACGACCGCCUCGCCAUCGCCUUUCCUACGCAAGUCAAUCGCCUCUCCAGCCGUAGCCACCUCCUCGGCCCCCGUCACACCUCGUAUCGCGGGAGGUAGUUCCGCAUCAGCCAUCGGCGGUCGACGCAGUCCGGAAGCCCGCUCUUCGCCCUUUGACCGUGGGGAGGUGCCGCCCAAUGUCACUGUCAGGAGCGGAUCAGUGCGCAGAGUCAGAGAUCAUGGCAUUGAGUCCUCAGGGAGCCCAAACCCGUUCCCUUCUUCGGCAACAACCUCAAAUCUAGCUUCUUUGGCGAAUGGGUCGUAUGGUAGCAACAGCCCUCGCGUCCUCGGCUCGCCUCCGAUCAAUGGUCGUUCCUCUCCAGUACGAGGUCAUACACGUGCAAAGACGAGCCAGAGCGUACCUACCGCUGCCUCCUUGAACGCCACACCCACAAUGGCAAGAGUCAACAUUGGCGGACCAGGAGGAAGUAGCAUAAUCGGCAGUCCCUUCACUUCCUUUGGCUCGCAUGCGGCUAUCAACACGCUCGCCACUGGCGCGAGUCCGUCAAGGUCCCCCUCUCCCAGCUCGUCUGCCUUGAGCAGAGCGUCGGGCAGCGGCAGCUACUUUCCUCCUACGAGGGAUCGAAGCCGAACCGAGUGGGGCAGUACACCAGAUAGACCCCUGCUCUCACCCUCUGAUCCGCCACAGAGACGCGCCAUGCGAAGCAGUGCCGGGACAGCAGAGGCUGCGAGUACUCCGGGAUUGUCCUCUCGUCGCUCAUCCUCCUCCAUGAACAGUGGCGUCUCGGGUCCAGCCUCACCGAACCUGCAGACUCCCCAACAGCAUGUGGGGAGCCAGGCGGUAAACAGGACAGGCUCUACCAGACCCACGCUGGCUACACCUGUCGCAAUGAAUCCAAGCUCGUCGCGAGACUCAGCACACACGCCAACAACACCGAUAUCAGGCUCCUACGUUGCUAGGCCGCGGCUUCUUCCGGGAACCCCUUCCACAAAAGGCCAACAGUCUGCACCUCCGACCGUAGAGAGCUUCAGCUUUCCCCGGCGCGCAAGUCAAACAUCUGCCUCAGGCCUCGCAUCUUCCGCCUUCCUAUCGCCGACCAGUGAACAUCCCUCCUCGUCAAAUGCCCUUACCCUCGAAUACGCCCAAUUACGCGUAGAGCGCAAGAUCGCCGACUUGGAGAUUACAAACAAGUCCCUCAUGGCCAUCAAUUCGGGACUCGAAGUGACCAAGCAUCGUCAAGGGCGAGAGUUGCGUGACCUCAAGAGGAGGAUCAGAGAGGGAAGAGGCAUGACACUUGGGCCGGGAGAGAUUGCUGCAGGCGCCGCAGCCGCACUCAGUCCUGGUAGCCGGUACAGGGUCCCGGAUGAUGAGGAUGACGAUUACUUCGGAGAGGAAGACGACGAGGAAGAUGAGCAAGCCAAGGAAGAUCCGGAAUUGGAGGCUGCUCACAUCCGCUGCAGAGAUCUCAUCGACGCUAUGCUCAACACGGCUCGAGAGGCGAUCCUGUCGCGGUACAUCCCCGAGGAGAAGAAGAGCAAGGUCCUCACGGCAGGAGAGGUGCAAGAGCGCGACCUGAAUCUUGGCGAAUCAACGGACGACGUCGGACCUCAUGGCGGAGGUGCAGAGACAGUAGAUACCAGCGCGAGCUGGCAAGCAGACACCUCUCUUGCCUCCUCCGUAGCAGACUUGACCGACAGCGCAGCUACCGAGGAGGAGGUGCAGGACGGAGCUACCGUCGUCGUACCCGAAGCAGAGCUGCUGAGAGCUUCUCCACAAGAAGCUCAAUCGACUCAUGGAGCGGAAGCGGACGUUGAAGGGGACGUCUCCGUUGACACUUCGAUUGCUACCUCGACGACUGGAUCGACGGCUUCCGCAGAUGAUAGCACUGCUUCAGGGGAGGGGCACGACGACGACGACGAAGACGAUGAGGAAGAUGAAGACGAGGAAGAUGAAAGUCUCGAAGCGGAAACCUCGCACACUCCCUCUGCGCCCUGGGUUGGCAAUACUGGGGCCGCAGACGUCUCCAUCGACUAG